UGUGGUUGGCUCAUGGCAAGUUUAUAUUUAAGCUAAAUGAUGACCUAACCAGAAUCAAUUUCAUCAUAUUUUGUUUUUAAAUGUUCACUCUCAAACAGUAGUACUUUCAUGUCCAGGACAAAACCACUGGCUUUCUAAUCUGAACUGAUUGAUUUGUUUGCGGUGUUAAGAUACAAUUUGACUAAUUAGCACAUUUCUCAGAAAAGUUUAACUAUCCAGAUUUUGGGAUGUUCAGGUCAAAGGUCACCAAGCCCAUCUGCACCAUCCCAAAAGCAAACAAAUGUGCUAACCUUGAUUAAAGUCCAGUGGGGCUAGCAUAUACACUGAAUUGCAAAAACUUACAUCAACAAAAGGCUGGUCUCUACUUAAACAGCACAACUCAGUGGAUUUGGAUCUGGAACUAUGGAUCUCUUGCACAGCUGGGGGGUCGAGCUGGCCGUGUACCUGCAAACAAACUAUCAGAGCUAUGAAGGAUUGUUUAACCUCGCGUCGUCAGUUGCAGAUUUGCACAUGACUUUUUUCUUAUUUUUCCCAAUUUGGUUUCACCUCCGACGGGACAUUGCAAUCCGCCUCCUCUGGGUGGCUGUGAUUGGGGAUUGGCUCAACCUAGUUCUGAAAUGGGUCCUGUUUGGAGAGCGGCCAUAUUGGUGGGUUAAGGAGACGCGAUUCUAUGGAACAGGUCCAGCUCCUCCUCUACGGCAGUUUCCCAUCACGUGUGAGACUGGGCCAGGAAGCCCCUCAGGUCAUGCCAUGGGUGCGGCUGGGGUCUGGUAUGUGAUGAUUACAGCUCUCCUCUCACUGGCAACUGAGAAGCAAUGUCCACCGCUGUUAUACACAUUCUUGCAGAUGGGGCUAAAUGCUAUAAUGGGGUCGUUCUUGUUGGUCGUUUGCAUGUCUCGUGUUUACAUGGCGGCUCAUUUCCCUCAUCAAGUCAUCGCUGGAGUGCUCACUGGUAUUCUUGUAGCUGAGGUCAUUUCUCAGUUCAAGUGGAUCUACCACGCCAGUCUAAAAAAAUAUCUCUUCACCACACUCUUCCUCGCCUUGUUCGUUGUGGGAUUCUACCUUCUGCUCGAAGCUCUGGGCGUGGACCUCCUCUGGACCAUGGAGAAAGCUGAAAAAUGGUGUGUCCAUGUGGAGUGGAUUCACCUGGAAACCAGCCCCUUCGCCACCCUGCUCCGUCACAUGGGAACCAUCUGUGGACUGGGAUUGGGUCUCCACUCACCCUUAAAUAAAGACACUAAAAAGAGGAGUUACACCUUCAGGAUGGGGUGUGUGGCAGCUUCAUUAGUCCUACUCUACGUUUUUGAUGGAUGGACUUUUUCCUCUGAUAACCAUAUGAGUUUUUAUUCCCUCUCGUUUGUUAAGAGUACACUGGUUAUUUUAAUUCCCACCACUAUUGUUCCUUGGGUGCUGUACAAGAUUUUUACAGCAGAAAGGGCAGACAAAAAAUUGUAAUUUCAAAUGUUCAUCUAGUUUUUAUAAUAUUAACAAAUGUCAUUUAAUGUUGAAUUUUUUUUAUCAAGUUUUAAAACGUGUUAAAAGAUGAAAUGGUCAAUGAAAUCCCUUUUUUCAUUGGAGAUAAUUGCAUUUUUUUUUUUUUUACUUCAGAUACCCUUCCCAAUCAAAAAAAUUGCAUCAGAAUA